UAUUGCCCUUCAUCAACACUAGAGCGCAUUCUCGUGAACUGUUUUGGAAUUCCAAGAUGUUCGCUUACGCUAUACGUUCGUACAUCCUCGUCGCCAUCGCGUCUGCAGGUUUUUGGUUACCCCAAAAAUGCCAAAACGGAAAUCCAUGCCAAAACGGGGGUACAUGCUUUUAUUUCCCCAACCACAGUGGGGAAAUUGUCUGCAAAUGUACUACCGGGUGGGACGGACAAUUCUGCACGACCCCUUUCCGGUACAUCGGAUGUUUUACUGACACUUCGACCCGUAUCAUGCCUGUCAGGCUACCCGAUUCGAAAUCAAACUCGCCGAUGGAGUGCGCCGCUCGUUGCCAUGGCUACGCUUAUAGCGGCACGCAGGUCGGCAUCGAGUGCUAUUGUGCAGACUGUCUGAACGCCAUGAAAAGACCGGAUAGCGAAUGUAUCAAGGCGUGUCCUGGGGACAGCAGCAAGACAUGCGGUGCAGACUGGAGGAUGAGCGUCUACAGCAACAGGGCUGUUCCACAGCUGUCGACUCAUGAAAAAGGAAAAUUGUGGUUUGGAAACAACUCUGUGUGAGCGUAUACGAACUGCCCGAAUUACACUCUUCGCCUAUCGAAAAUACUGAUUGCUUUUGUUAUUUCUAUAGAACAAUAAUAUAUUCUUCCUCUUAAAGUGAUAUUAUGGGCAUCUAGCAGUUUAUAGGUGUCUAUCGCAACCGUUGUUUAUUUUUGGUGUUUUCACUUCAUAUACAGUUAUAUUUGUUAAUGCAGCAUCAACAUACUAAAACAAUAUGCCGAAAAGAGAAAAAAAUGAGGCAUUUGAACCGUACUUUCGUGUUGACAACUGACUACAGGAAUGAUUCGAUGUACGAUGUGAAUCUAAAUUUAGUUUUAGUGCAGAUUCGUUUAUACGACACAUAGACACUAUUUUGUUUUACGGAUCAUUUUGGCUUAGAGGACUAUGUGAGUCAUGUAAAAUAUCAAAUAUAAUAUAUAUUUGUUAUAAACAACUGGUAGCAAGAUGAGUUGCAGAUACUUGGUCAGUUACCACAUUUUAACUUACACUUUUGACCUGUUAAUUUUUUUCCAGCUCAAUUCAACAGUGAAAAAUGACUAUAAUAUCACUUUAAAUAAGUGCCUUAUUACAGAGAAAAGUGUUUGCACUCUACUUUGCUGAGCAUGGAUAAAAGUUAUAUUAAAGACGGAUUCUCCUAUGUUUAUGUAUUCUCACAAUAACAGAUUUCUACUGCAAA